AUGGCUUCCCCAACUUAUGACUACAUUGUUGUUGGAGGUGGCCUUGCGGGCUGCGUUCUCUCCAGCCGCAUUCGAGAGUACGAUGGUGCAGCCAAGAUCCUUCUCAUUGAAGCAGGAAAAGAAACGUGCGGCCGCUCGGACGUACAUAAUAUGCAGGUUUUGAACCUAGGCGGCGAAUUGGACUGGCAGUAUCAGUCAGAGCCCGUUGAAGCACUUAUGGGACGACGGAUCACUCUCAACUCCGGAAAAGGUCUGGGCGGCAGCUCUGCUAUUAACUCAGGUGGCUGGACUCGUGGUGCUGCAGCAGACUACGACGCGUGGGCAGCCCUCGUUGGGGAUGAUCGCUACAGCUACAAGGGCCAGCUACCGUGGUUCAGGAAGUCCGAACUCUGGUUCGAUGACAAGAACCCGGAUCAGCACGGCAGCGAUGGGCCCAUCCGUGUAACUUGUGCCAAAGCAACCAAUCGCGUGUUCCCUCUCGCUGAGAAAGCCGCUGCUGGAUGGGAAGAGCUUGGCGUUUCAACACUGCCAGACGGCGACCAGAACAGUGGGAAUAACCUCGGGCGCGCAUACAUCUGUGAGGCGAGAUGUGAUGGUAAACGCGAGUGGUCUGCCAAUCAGUAUUCAUUGGAUGGAGUCCAAGUUCGUGUCGAGACUUUCGUGAACCGUAUCAUCAUCCAGAAGAUCGAUGGGAAUCUUAAAGCUACUGCUGUUGAGCUGGCUGGUGGUAGCGUUGUCAAUGGUCAGAACAUCAUAAUCUCCGCUGGUGCAUUCCGCUCUCCUCAGAUUCUUCAGCUCUCUGGUAUCGGCCCGAAAACCCAUCUUCAAGAGUUUGGCAUUGAGCCACUCGUCGAUCUUCCAGAGGUUGGCAAGAACUUAUCCGAUCAUAUGAUAUUCUUCCAGCACUGGCGGCUGCGUGAUCCUUCUGCUGGGCAUACUAUUGGGUCCGCCAACCCUCUGUUUCAACAACCUCAAUACUCGCAAGGCGUACCUUUUGACUGGAUCGUCAAUACCAGAAUUCCACGAGAAGGCCUUGCUCAAGCUAUUGAAAGAGACGAAGGGACAAAACCGCGUGAAUCUGAGCACAUAGUGGAUCUCAACUAUCUCUCCACCGAGGUUGACAAACAUGUGUUCCGAGAAGGAUUGCGCCAGUUGACGAGAUUCAUGAUGAAGUCCAAAUUCAGUGAUCAGAUUAUCGGAGAAUCUAUUCCCGAAGGACUCCCAGUGGAAGCUCUUGCAGUGGAUGAUAGUGAUGAUAAGUUGGAUCAGAGGAUAGCUAUGACUGGCGGCACCUCGUGGCACCCUUCAGGUACUUGCUCCAUGGGGAAAGUGGUUGACACAGAGUUUCGAGUUGCAGGCGUUGAAGGACUUCGGGUUGUUGACGCAUCAGUCUUCCCUGUCCCACUGAGCGCACAUCUUCAAGCCCCCCUCUAUGCUCUCUCGGAGCAGGCAGCAGCUAUCAUAACUGGGCAGGUGUAA